UACAUUUGCAAUAUUUUAUUGACACUCAAAAACACUACACAUAUUCACAAUAUAUUUAAAAACCCCCCGAAACCAGUGACCACUUUUUAGUUUGACUAUUACUUAUUGACAACGGGUCAUAUAAUGUUACGGUCGAUAUAUUGAGGACACAUACACACAGACAUCAUUAUUAUCAUCAUCAACAACAACAGUGACCACAUAUACGCACGCUAUGGCCAAACGUUAUUUUGACAACUCUGCCAAACAAAAGCCCGGAAUUAUCAGCGAUGAACUUCGUCGGGCGCUUAACAUACACGACGACAAACUACCGAUUUGGAUAUACCGUAUGCGAGUAUUAGGUUAUCCGCCCGGUUAUCUACAACAGGCUCAGGUGAACACACUGUCCAUAUUUGACGACGCAAUCAAUGCCGCCGAAGAUGGCGAAGUGCGCGACACACCGGCCGUCGCCGCCGCUGCCAAUCCGUCCGGCGUUCAGUACAAUAAGGAAUCGUUUAUUGAAUAUCCAGGCUUUAACUGUCCCGUUCCCUACGGUGUCAAAGAUGAUUGGCAUUAUCUACGAAUGCCACCGAUGCUCGAACAGCAACAGCUAAAAGAAGCGCUCAAAACAAUGCGAGUGAUGGAACCGGUUCCCUAUAAGAGGGCCAAAAUGGACUUACCGUCGACCACCACCACCACCACACCACCAUCAUCAUCAUCGACGGCAAGUCGCCGAUCAUCAACUAAUCGUAAAUCUGACUCGUCAUUCUAUGGCAACAAUGAAUCGCUAAACAAUAGUUCAUUAAAUUCAUCAAAGUAUGACAACAGUGUUGUUGAUCUCGAAUCGGACGACGAUGUGGUCGUACUGGAGGACACACCACCGAAAAGUUCUUCCAACGGCAAUGUUUCCAAAACAAGUCAAUUGUCCGAAACGGAAAGCCAAUCAACAACAACAACAACAACAACAGCACUAACCUCAACGCCUGUUGUUUUGCACAACGAAAGUACCGAUAGUGAACGUAAACUGAAGCUAAUAUCGAUGGGCAGUCCGAUGCCGGUAUCGGAACGUACGAAAAAGCCGGCACUGGAAAAAUGGUCCGAAGGUAUGGGCGAACUGUUGUAUUUUGAGAACCCAGAGUCAGUACAAUACACCGGUAUCUAUAAGACCAAAAUGAAGGCCGUUAUCGACAAGAUUCGGGAGAAGACUAGUAGUGGCCAUACGUGACUAUAAUAAUGUGUUUUUGUUUUUUAAAUGUUUUUUUUAAUAAUUUUAAUUUAUAAUUUG